GCACCAAGACAAACACAGCGGCAAAUAGGAAUUGCGAGAACGAAGUUUUGUUACACAGGAUUUUGAAGGAAAAAACCACAGCAAACAGGCUCCGGGAAAGACUUUUGAAAUCCGCUGAUACUGAACUCUUGCUGGACUUUCACUAGUUUGUUUCCUUUGCUCUCCAUCCUCGAGUGAUUUUCAUUUUUUUUUGAAAUUUGGAAACACUGUUUAAGAGAGACUACAAGUGCCCGAUUUGAUGCAUGCUCUCUGCUGACACUGACUUUUGUUGAUUACCCAGAGACUGUGUUUCUGUAAGCGGCCGGUAAGCUCACUUUUUUCCUACGACUUUAUGUCUACAAAGAUGGAACAGCCUUUUUAUCAUGACGACUCUUUUCUGUCGGCUUACGGCCACUCAGACGCGCCAAUGCACGACUGCAAACUGCUAAAGCAGAAUAUGAAUUUGAACUUGACAGAGCCCUAUCGCAACCUGAAAUCCCAGCUGAGAGCCGAGACAGACCUGUACCACGGGGGCCAGCAAGACGUGGGGUCCCUGAAGCUCGCAUCCCCAGAGCUCGAGAAGCUCAUCAUCCAAAACAGUAACGGUGUGAUCACCACUCCCACCCCGGGCCAGUACUUCUACAACCGGGGCAUCACCGAUGAGCAGGAGGGCUUCGCUGAGGGUUUUGUGAAAGCACUGGACGAGCUCCACAAGAUGAACCAGAUGCCCCCCCCUAACGUGUCCAUCGGAGCCGGUGGAGUUACGACGUGUUCGCCGGCGGCCUCUAGCGUCUUCGGUUCCGCCUUGCAGCCCGAGCCCCCCAUCUACACAACACUGAACGCCUACUGCCCGAACACAAACCUGUCUUCAUCAUCCAGCUACCCCACAGCCACCAUCAGCUACCUGCCGCCGCACCAGCAGAGCCACCACCAGCAGAGCUCGACGCACGGCGCGCAUGCUUUCCAGCAUAGCCUCCCCGUCCCCGGACUCCAUCCGCAGCGGCUGGUCGCUCUGAAAGAGGAGCCUCAGACCGUGCCCGACCUCCUCAGCAGCGACGGCUCGCCUCCGAUGUCCCCGAUUGACCUGGAGACCCAGGAGAGGAUCAAGGCGGAGCGCAAGAGGCUGAGGAACCGACUAGCCGCUACUAAAUGCCGGAGGCGCAAGCUCGAGCGCAUCGCCCGGCUGGAGGAGAAGGUGAAAGUUUUGAAGAACGACAACGCGGGGCUCUCCAACACGGCGUCGGUGCUCCGGGAUCAGGUGGCUCAGCUCAAACAGAAGGUCCUGACACACGUGAGCAGCGGCUGCCAGCUGAUGCUCACGAGCAAGCUGGAGGCGUUCUAAAAACACCAGAGACUACUAAAAAGAAAAAAAUGACUGAAAAGUGAUAACACUGGAGUCAUGUUCUGCAUGCGCAGCACUGGAAUUACCGGCUCGUGUGUAGUCAGCAUCACAGGGCCGAGGGCUAGGUGUGGACGAUACUGAAGGCUGUUUUAGGGUGAAAAGACUGAUUGUAAUGGUACUUCCGGAUGCUGGACACCCCUCACAGGACCAUUCAACCCUAGAAUCCAGGGCAGCAUCCAGACUGAGCAGACACUGAGCAACACAGUGGGCGCACAUGCCCAUAAGUCGGGUUUACUAAUGGUAGAAAAUGGGAACGAUUAUUUGUUUUACUUUGUACCAUCUUCCUUUUUCAUUUUGUUUAGUUUUUUGUUUGUUGGCUGCAUUUAUUCAUUGUGUAAAUUAUUUCAUGUGUCCGGUUGAUCCAGACAAACUGAUGAUGUCCAAUGUUUACAGUGUCUCUUUUUAAAAAAAAUAAUUUGUGUUGUAUAUUUAAGUAAAGUGUCUCAAAAAUGAAAAA